AUCACUUUGUUAGCAUCCCUCCAAUACCCACUUCUGUCCUCAUGUCAGUAUUUGCAAAAGAUGAGUGAAAAUAUUUAUAGCAAUACCAUUCUAAGAUCUAGCCCAAGAUCAGCAAGUAAAGCUGGGAAUAUAAAAUGUCUCAGUGAUAAAAGAAAGGGCAUCUGUAUUGUGGUUCUCCUCUUCCUAUCUCUUCUGGCUAAUGUGGUGUUGGUGUACAUAUAUUACCAGCAAUGGCACAGAUUGGCUGGUAGGCUGUGAGCCAGUAACAAACUGUUCAGAUCCAGAUGUUGAACACAAUGCAAAAAUCAAAUGGAUCCUUCCCAAGGAUACAGAAAACAGGACAGCAGCACAUCACUGUCCAGGCAAAAAUUUCCCUGAGAAGUGGAUCCAGCACAAGGGCAGAUUCUAUGUCUUCUCUUCGGAGACAAAGAACUGGAACAGCAGCCGGGAACGCUGUCAGGCUCUGGGUGGAGACCUGGUCAUCAUCAACAGCAGAGAAGAGCAGGAAUUUCUUGCAAGACAAAUACCCACUAUUGGUGCAACAUUAUAUUGGAUUGGUCUGACUGAUAGCCACGAAGAGGGGAAAUGGUUGUGGGUAGACAAUACCUGCUUAAAGGACGAUCUUAAAUUCUGGACUUAUAAUUCCCCUGAUGAUUAUAAAGCUGGAAAUCCUCUGGGUGAAGACUGUGUUGUAUUAAAUGGGCGAGUGAGUGCCGCACACUGGGGAGACAUUUCUUGCUUGCGAAAAGAGACAAGUAUUUGUGAGAUUUUGUGUUUUUAAUUAAUAUUUGCAAUUAUUACUGAUGAUAUUGACUGCUGAAAUUGUAUUCACUGUGCACUGAUUCAAGUAGGACAAUGAAAUACUGAAAUAAUAAACAGCUCAUUCAGGCAGUCGAUGAUAUUAUCUGAAGGCACAAAUGAUAGCAUUUGUUGCAUGGUGGAAAAAAGCUCUUCAUAAUGAUAAUAAAAUUUCAAAUUAAUUAUUUGUCAUAAUGGUAAAAUUAUAUUCUUAGCAGGAGAGAAACCUGUGCUAGAAAGAAACCCCAGCAUUUGUAAAUCAUUUGAACUUGCUGCCACUAAAUAGUCUACAAAGGGGGAAUUCCCAAAGAA